AUGUCGUCCUCAGUGUACCCAGCCCGCCAACAUGUCCUCAAAACGUUCAAGGAGCUCGUCAAGCUCUUGCCUCCCAACGAGCGUCACAAGCCCCAGGUGAUGUUCAUGGCUGGCGGCGUAACCGAAUUCCGAAACGACACCGACCGCGAACUCAUCUUCCGUCAAGAAUCCAACUUUUACUACCUCACAGGAUGCCAUGUCCCUUCUUCCCUCCUCAUCGCGACCUACCACCAACCCCCGGCCUCCAAUGAAGCUGAAGCCUCUCUGCACCUGUUCAUUCCCAAAGCCGAGUUGGCCGACAUAAUGUGGAGCGUCCCGCCUCCUUCACUGGAGGAAGCCAAAGGAACCCACGACGCAACGACCAUCGAGCACCCCUCGUCCCUCCCAACCCUCCUCUCCUCUAUCAUCCAACAACAACCCGAAGCCCUCUUCCACACUCUCCCCGCCAACUCACCUUUGUUCCCACUCCUCCCCUCGGAGUACACCAAGGUAAUCUUGACCGCAGCUGAUGAUUCCAUUGGCAUUACCGACGCCUACCUCCUCCCCGCCCUCCACCGCGCCCGUCUCACAAAGGACGAACACGAAAUCUCUCUCAUCCGACAAGCAAACGCCAUCAGCUCCCGCGCCCACGAAGUCGUCAUGCGCGUCCUCGGCGCCGCCGUCCGUGGUGAAAUCCAACGCCAACGCGAGGAGAACCUGAAGAGGGACAAGGAAGUCGGAGUGUCCGAGCGACCUCUCUUGCCCAGCGAGUGGUUGAUCGAGACGGAAGGCGAGGCAGAGGCCAUCUUUGUCGCUUCGUGCCGUCGAGAAGGAUCAAACCACCAAGCCUACCCACCUAUCGUCGCAGCUUCAACUCGAGCCUCAACACUCCACUACUGCUGCAACGACAAGGCGUUCGCAUGGGGCCCAAUCAAACCACACGACCACCUCAACCGUGGUCAGCUCACAGACAAGGAACUUAACCCCCAAGUCCUCCUCAUCGACGCAGGCUGCGAGCAUACCUGCUACGCAUCCGACAUCACUCGCACAAUGCCAGUCGGCAACGGCGGUAAAUUCACCAAAGAAGCAGGUGAAAUCUACGAGCUCGUUCUGGAGAUGCAAAAGGCCUCCCUCGACGCGAUCCAACCCGGAGCCCACUGGGACACCAUCCAACUCAUCUGCCACCAAGUCCUCAUCCGCGGGUUCCAGCGACUGGGAAUCUUCAAGAGUCCCACCGACGAAGAAUCAAUCCUCGCCUCCGGAAUCUCCGCUGCUUUCUUCCCGCACGGCGUAGGCCACAGCCUCGGGCUCGACGUGCACGACGUACCCAGUGCGUCCAAGCCUGACAAGAAUGACACAAUUCCCAAGGACGCAAACGGCAACGUUAUCGGCCAUGAAAGCUGCUAUACCUACCUUCGACUCCGUCUCCCACUCGAGGAAGGAAUGGUUGUGACCGUCGAGCCAGGAAUCUACUUCUCCCCCCACCUCCUCGCCCCAAUCCUCUCUUCACCGCACCUCAACACGUCCAUCCUCGCCUUGUACCAACCCGUCGGAGGCAUCCGGAUCGAAGAUGUGAUCGUUAUCAAGGAGGCUGGUGAAGAUGGUAAAGGAUACGAGAACCUUACGACCGUUCGAAGCGACAGGGAGUGGGUUGAGAGUGUCUGCGCUGGGGAGCUCUAA